UGCACUUCAUUAGAACACAGUGUGCUAAAUGGAAGAAGUGAACCAGUCUGUGGUAUCUGAGUUUAUUUUUCAGGGACUUUGUACCUCAAAGAAACUGCAGCUCUUGCUGUUCCUGCCAUUUUCCACUCUCUAUCUAAUGAUUGUUCUGGGCAACCUCUUCGUUGUGCUCUUAAUCGUCACUGACCACCAUCUCCACUCUCCCAUGUACUUUCUGUUAGCUAAUCUCUCCUUCAUUGACUUCUGUCUUUCAUCUGUAACCACACCCAAAAUGACUACAGACCUCCUGCAAGAAAAGAAAAUCAUUUCUUUUGGUGGCUGUAUGAGCCAGAUCCUCUGUGUGCAUAUCUUUGCAGGGGGUGAGAUGGUGCUUCUUGUAACUAUGGCCUAUGACCGCUAUGUGGCCAUCUGUAAGCCACUCCAUUAUUCCAGCAUCAUGGACAGACAGAAGUGUAUCUGGCUAGUUUUGAUAUCAUGGAUAAUUGGCUUGGUACAUGCCAUUAGUCAACUGGUCCUGAUUUUGGACUUGCCUUUUUGUGGAUCUAGAGUGGUAGACAGCUUUUUCUGUGACAUUCCUCUGGUGUUAAAAUUAGCCUGCAUGAAUACUGAUACUCUGGGAAGCCUGAUAAAUGCUGACAGUGGUGUUUUAGCAUCUACUUCCUUCAUUCUCUUGCUAAUUUCUUAUACAUACAUUCUAUUUACUGUUCUCCUUCACUCUAAAGGUGGUGGAUCAAAGGCACUUUCUACCUGUACAUCCCAUAUCAUAGUGGUUGUGCUGUUCUUUGGGCCCUGCAUUUUCAUCUUUCUGUGGCCAGUCAGCAUCACUUGGGUGGACAAGUUUCUUGCAGUGUUUUACACAGUAGUCACGCCUCUCCUGAAUCCUGCCAUUUAUACACUAAGAAAUAAAGAUAUUAAGAAUGCCAUAAAGAAAAUGAUAAAUCAAAUAUGAAU